AAGAAUUGUUUUAUUUUGAAAAAAAUAUUUGAAAUGUUUUCCCAUGAUAACCUUGUUUACUAAAAUUACUAACUACAUAUUUAUAUGAUUUAAUUACACCAAGAACAUUUUUUGCUGAGAAUGAAUGAAUAUAAAUGGAUUAUUAUGAUAAUUCGAACUCUUUUCAUUGAUAAUAUAAUGGUUUCCUACUAGGUAACUACCUAUCCUACGAUUGAAUUUUGAUUGAAUCUAUCGAAAAUGUCUCUAUUACAGAAUUUAACGUACCAGGAACAACAAUAUUCGUUAACACUAUCAAAAGAACAAUGUGAUAUUAUUGCUAAGUUAGCUAAUGUAACUAUCACGUAUAAUGAUAAGAAAAAGCCUGGUGAAUGUCUAUUAAAAUAUUUGGAUAGAAAAGGACUUACUGUUGAGCAGUAUAGGCAACUCCUAGCCACGUCCUUGAAUACUAAAACAAUAUUUACAUAUUAUAAGCCACAAUCUAAGGUAGCAAUUCUGAUAGCUAAUGAUAAAUAUGAGUAUUUAUCAAAAUUAGUGACCCCAUCCAUUGACUGUGAAUCUUUAGGGUCAAAUUUAAGAAACUUGGGCUUCAUUACUGUUUCUAUAAGAAAUACAAAUAGUGCAGAUUUGAAAAAUAACAUAACAAAAGUAAUUGAAAUGAUUCCGGAAGAUUCAUAUUGUUUUAUCUUUUAUGCAGGACAUGGAUGUGAAAUCUGCAAUACUAAGUGCUUAAUGGGUAUAGAUUGUCCAAUAGAAAACAUAACUUUUGACCAUUGCAUUACCGAAAAUUGGCUAUUAAGAGAGGUAUCUAUGUGUAAGCCAGAUCUUUGUGUUUUGAUCAUGGACAUGUGUAGAAUAUGUUUAGAUAGAGACACAAAUCCAGAGAUAUUCAAAGGCAUAUACAACAUUGAAGAAUACACAUUAGACAGCAAUUUAAUUAUUGGUUAUUCCACCCAAUCUUCGAAAGCCGCAUAUGAAGUUCUACAAAUAGAAUGUUCUACAACUAUUGAUAACAGUGUAACAUAUGAACUGAAAACAGGCGAUACUGAGAAAAUAGUGCCUGGUUCUAGUCAAUAUGUAAAUGCUUUGUGUUCGAGAUUGACUGAGAAUUAUGAUGUUAGCACAUUGUUGGAUAAAGUUCAUGCUGAUGUAGAGAGUUGCAUGAAGAAACAAAGACCAAUAAAAUUACAAUGUGGAUCUUCAAAAAGGUCACUGUAUGAUCCUGUUAAAGAUAACACAACUCAAUUAUUGGGAAAAAUAAGAAGUGCUUGCAAAGAAUUUCAUGAUCAUUGUGAUGUUUUUUAGACUUUCUGUAAAUAUUUUCCUUCUGGCGCUGAAUAAAUAUCAAGAAAUAAAUUAUUAAUAAAAUGGUGCUAAUUUUAUUGAAAGUGAAUAUUAAUAAAAUAUGGAAUUUUUAUAAAUUUAAUAAAACAUUUUUAAAACAUAA